GUGGCGUGUACGUCUAGCACCGCCGCUCUCAGGUCCUACGUCUAGCAGGGGAUUCCUUUUCGGAUGAGCUUUGCUACAUCUACAGGCAAUUUCUCACAGAAGGAGAGUUACGGACUGACAUGACCCAGUUAAAAUCAAGGGGUGGGGUCAGCUAAAAUCAAGGAGGGGUGAAUUCAUGGUGGAGAGGAGGACACAUCUCCCCGUGAAACCAGCCUGUAGCACUCUUUCCGUAAGUGUAGGAUUUUCGUUUUCGGAUUUGGGGGAGGACUGCGGCGAGCCGGAGGCAGUGGCGCGCGCCCGUGGUCGGUCAGGCUCUGCUCAUGGCGAUUCCAGCUGCGGAGGCGCCGGCGCUCGACUUUGGAUCGACGUCGACUGCCAACGAUUCAGCAGCGCACUUGGGGGCUUCCGUUACGGCCGGUGGCGGCGCCACGGCGGCCGCGUCAGGAGUAGGCCCGCCGGAAUCAGUCGUCCGCCCGUUCUCUCCUGAUACGCGCCGGUCGGAUGAGGGUGGGGCACAGCCGGCGGCGGAGAAGGCUUUGUCUGAUGUUGAGUUCUCCGGGGGGAUCCUGCACCACGUUCAGCUCGGGCGGUGGCGAUGUGGCUGUCGGACGCGCCCAUGGCGCGGCGCCGCCCGUCGUCUCGCACGGCUCGAUUCAGUUCUUACCCCACAGUGCGCAAGCAUCCGCAAACACCACCAUCCGAGUUGCUGGAAGCGCAGGACAAGAGGGCCGCAAGCACCAGAUGAGCGGGCGGCGGCGGUUGAUCGUAUGCCGGCACUUGAAGCUGCCAUACAAAGGUUCGCUGACAGGGGGACUGAGGUAGUUGUCAACCUGGCGCUUGACACAAUUUAGAUUCUCUACCAGAGGCGUAUGAAUUCUACAAUCUUAUUCUCGUCGCUGGUUAAUUUUCCUGGUUAAUUUUCAUUGACAAAAGAGCUUGAAUUGCUAGUAAAAAUAACCAUCGGAGUUGCAUGAUUAGGUCCUUUCUGUCCAAUAUUAUUCUCGUC